GUGAGUCUUUGGGCUUGAGGGCACACGAUUGAUCAUACGCGGAAAAUAUGUAGGCAGGGUCUUCACGGAACAUGUAGGCAGGGUUUCUAGCCGAGUGCGGUAGCCCGUUUCUACUUCCCAUUAGAAAUACUUAGCUACUACUACGCCCAAAGGAAAACGCAAAGACCAUAUCGAUAUCAAAAGGAUGGCUGAAACAAAACCGAAAAAGUGUUGUUGCUUCUUGUUGCGGAAAGGCGCUUCGUCGGGCGUGCCUGGAGUUAAGAACUCUGUCUAGUUUUUUACUUUCCUAGGUAGGUUUCUUGAUCAAUGUCAAGGACAUGAAAUCUAUUUGAUGAUAUCAUGUUAAGCUUCUCCGAUCAUGAAGGUUGUUGUUGUUGUUGUUGUUGUUUACUAUCUACCAUGAUGACCUUGUUUUUAUGGUCCUCCAACUUCGAUAGAAAGCAUCAACACGACCUGCUCUAAGAAUCCUGCUAAUGGUACAAGCGACUGCCACGACCUCCAUGCUCAUCAACAGAAAAUUGAGCAACAGCAUCAAAGUAGCCGACAACUACAGCAAAAGAAAGCGUCGUCGUCGUGCUUGCGUAGAAGUACGAAGUCGAAUAGAGCAGGUAAGAAAUCAAUCAGGACAAGUCUACGCCUGCGCCAAGAACAAAAUGACGGGAGAAGAACAAGCGGAAACAGACCACGAGGUGGGAGGAAUGAUGCAGAAGUUGAAAAUUAUGAUUGCUUUCGUCCUCAAGAUUAAUUACAUGAAGUCAGUGGCCUCAGAGACUUGAUGUUGGAAGUCCUCACUACAUUUUCACUCCAUAGAAAUACUGGUCUUAGAAAGUCCUAGGCUCAUCUUAUUACAUGAAGUCAGCUCGUCUUCAAUAGGUGGACCUAGUACCAUCGGAUUUCCUGACCAGUAAAUCUUCGUGUUGGUGUUGCAACAUGAUUUCAUCAUCUUCAUUUUUCACCUCAUCUAAGUCCGCAUCAUGGAAGAUUCUCUUGCCUUAGCUAAGCGUCAAGUGCGACGUGCGAACGGGCAAGAAACCAGCUCUGGUGAUGACACUGAUGCGUCAUCUCCAGUCUUGAAUCUACCAAGAUACAGUCGUGGAGGGGACGACUUCUCGGGUCCUUUAUUACGUAAUACAACCACUUCCAGUUCCAAUGGAUAUCAUGGAAGAGGUGGAGCGAGAGGUAGUAGCGGAGGUGGAGGAAGGGUCGGCGGUGGAGAUAGAGAAACCAAUCCUGCUACUGAUAUAUGUGGACGACAUCAAGAGAAUAUCUUAGCCUUGGCUUCUCGGUCAAGGUGUGCCGUACGAAGCCUGCGGGAGAACUGGGCUACACAAAUUUUCCUAGCAAGAACCAGUCACGGAGGGGAGGAAAAACUAUCGUUUUCCUUGGGGUUAUGAAAAUAAAUGAAAAUGGAUGAAUAUGAAAGAGUAUUAUAUAUAGAAAUGUUAACGAUAACGCACCAAGUUAUAUAUAGACCUCCUCCACGACUUAUUUCAUCCUCUGCGAAGAUGUAGUCUUCAGUUUCAAAAGUACCAACCUUCCUCUCCUCUGCGAUGUAGUCUUCAGUUUCAACAGUACCAACCUUCCUCUCCUCUGCGAUGUAGUCUUCAGUUUCAACAGUACCAACCUUCCUCUCCUCUGCGAUGUAGUCUUCAGUUUCAACAGUACCAACCUUCCUCUCCUCUGCGAUGUAGUCUUCAGUUUCAACAGUACUAACCUUCCUCCUUUCUCUUCCUCCCACCUUCAUUCCCUUUUUCGCUUCACGAGCCACGAAACCAGCGUUACAUUGAACAGUGGCGCCACUCGGCAAAUCGUGUGCAAGAACAUGUGAUUCAGGAAGCAGAGGCGCAUGACAUGUUCAACGCGACGAACAUGGACGACGACGAUGUCACAACUGUCUCGUCGGAAGGCACGACUGAAUCAAUGACGGAAGACCACGAGGAUGGGGAAUUGUUCAUCUCGUUGAAAAAGAAUAAGCCAACGCCGAACUACAAGAUGCUCGGAGGUGGACAAGGACCUAACACUAACGCCAAGCCCCCUACAACGGCGUCUUUGUCGUGUUUCCUGGUCCUUCGCAUAGACGAAAAGCGAUUUGCACUGAUUAGCUGGACCCCUGUACAGAGUCCGUUCGAGGAACAACAGCAAAUCACGCAUCCCAGGAUACAUCAUAUAGUGACGCAGUUGUUGCACCACAUCUCCGAUAGUACGACAAGAACGCCACACGGCUGUGCUGGUGCGUUGCCAUCGUCGGUAUUAUCUAGUAAUCAGUAUGUAGUAUUAGUAAAUAAUUUUUCUGCCUAAUAUCUGGUGCUGGAGUAUCUCCAUCAAUCUCGCAGAACCUAUGUAUGUUCACUUUGCUCUUAAUCUUCUUGCACGACUGACCAGCAUCUCAAAGAACUCAAUUAUUCCAGGUACUAGAGCAACAAGUACAGAAGCCAGGUUCGAACGGACAUCAACAGAACACUUCAGAUUCGUCAGAAGCAAGAAGUAGUGUUACGGUUUUGCGAGUGAUGUGGAAGAUUUGCAAAGUAGUAGUUCUUCACAGCGUGCAGUUUUUUUCGAAAUGAAAAUGAUCUUCCAUGCAUUUCCAGUACAGCGUCUGUCUUGCUGCAGUAACUUUGAAAAGAAAGAAGAAGUCGGAUCGUUCUAUUGAUAGAAGAUUGUCAAGUGCAUUCAUUGUACAACGAACUUGUCGGACUGCACUUCGCCCUGCCCCAUGCUAUGAUAUCCGCUCCCAGCUCUAAACCACAAAGCGAUGAACAACAAACCAGCACUGGCGGUCGUGGAUCCAGACGUAGGAGUAAGGAUAGACGUCAGGAUAGAGACUCGCAGAUCCGACGGAGGUCAAGAAAGAGCAGUAUUCUAGCAGUCGAUCCGGUGAUCCCCAUAGAUCGGAAUUUUACGGACUCGGACCACGAAUGUUGAGCUUCAAAAUAAACUUCUACCCCUACGGAUUUUUUUGAAGGGGUAGAAGUUCAUUUAGACUUAAGGGAUGGGGAAGUUUAUUUUAGACUUUAUUUUUGUGGUACUAGUACUACAAAGACUUACAGUAAAAAAGGACUUAAAGUCAGAUGAAGCAUGUCGUGCUGAAGAAGAUUUUUGAGCCGAUGUAGAAAAGAAGUCCGAUUUAUUUCCCCCUACGGCAUACUACUUUCUCUAAGCUCUGUUGUUUCGCUGACGAUUUAGCAGAUACGCUUACAGAAAUCAUAGACUUUGUCCAGGAAGAACAGCGAGAAAAGCGAGAACGGCGCGCGGCUAAUAUUAGGGCUGGAGACCGUCCUCGCCGUGGAGACGAUGCGACAACCGGACGGCGUGUUAAAGCUAAACUAUCACGCAGCACUCACGACAAGAAGUCGAGCGACGUUCUUAGUAUCAUCCCGACAUCUAGUACAGGUACCACUACGUAUAAUGAUAAAAAGAUGUCGAACAAUGGCACUCUUACUACUACUUCUACACCUUCUUCUAGUAAGACGACGAAGUCCCUUGUCUCUACUGCAAGCCUCAGUACAACGACUGCAGGUGGUGGCUCUAGUAGUAGUACAGCAACAUCAAAACACAAGAACAAGAGUAUCACUGGAGGUCGUGGUACCAAUCUCGUCUGCGCUUCUUCUUCUGGAGAAUCUACUUCAGAAUCGGACGGAAAGAAGAGAAGUUGUAAGCGAAGCUCUCGAAGCUCACAGCUUAGUGCCUCAUCACUAGCUUCCUCUGGGAUCUUUGGCCUGGUUUGAUUUACGUGCCAGGUACAACUACCGGCAAGGCUGAGGGGCUUAAUCUUAAAUGAUUUGAUGGAAAAAGAUGCUCGUUAUUAUACAUAUUAGUCUUUACGAAUUCGAAUAUUCGUGAGCAAACUCACAUAUUAUGGGCAACUUGUUAAGUAAAAAAUUAUGUUUUCACACAUUGGUAAAUGGUAAAGGUACUACUGGUAUAGAUAUUAUUAUUUUUUACGCAAAUACAACCCUUUUAAGCACCUUGUUGAGUCGGUUCAUCAAUAAUUCAUCAUCAUCUUCAUGUAACCUCACCAUCUGACUAACUGCUUGUUGUAGUACAUAACAUAUUCAAAGAAAGCUACUUUACCUGUUUCGAAUGAUCCCGCAUGAGCAUGUAAUGGAGAAGCAGAUGUAAAUUGAUUCCUGUUGUGAUUUUCUUUUUCACUGCGCUAUAUUGAUGUCGCUCUAGGUUGUACUUUGUGUUGUUGUUGUUGUUGUUGUAGAAACUCGAUGCACGACCAGUGCGUACCAGCACAAUACACCACUUCUACCAUGCACUUGAUUUUGAUUAAUUAACAGCAUAGCGCCGAAGCCGAUUGAAGAGAAUGAGAAAGAGUACCACUAUUUUUACUAAAGUAGUUGCAUAGUGAAGGUGGGCAAGAAGGUCAACAUGAUUUAGGUUCUACCAUUUAAAAAGCAUGUAGUCGUUGUAGUUCUCCUUGGCGACGUAGCAUCCACAUAGUACAACAGAUUAUAUCACAACUACUUCAUCUCGUCGCAACGAACUGCUUAUUUAUAUUUUGUUCACGAUGACUAUCUUCACACACACACACACACGCACACACACACACGCACACACACGCGCACGCCCGUGAUCCGACUCUCAUCAUUCUCAGCACAUCCAAUUUGAAAAUACACACAGAAUAUUGGUUCUGCUCUCUGCUAGGUAGACGACGACACCAAUAAAGGUAUGUCUUUCGACUGACUGCUCUUCUGAUUGUUUCCUGAGAUUCAGCGUCG